CUGUCUCUGUCUCGGCACCUAUCAGCCUUGUCUUUCGCGACUUAUUCUAAGGAACGUGAUUAAUUUUAAGGCGCGAGACCCGGGAGAGCCACCACUAAGUUCUUUCCUCGCAAUUUCCGUAUAUUCUUUAUCCUCUUCCUCUUCCCCUUCCGCAGUUGCGUCAAUCUUUCUCUCUCUCUCUCCGCCGACGCAGCGGCGAAGGAAACAGUAAGCUUCUGCUGUUCGUGCGAGUAGUGACGGAUAACGCGCGAGUGUGAGACGUAUCGUGGAGAGAACGCAGCCUCCCCCGAGAUGUAUUCCAAGACCAUCAGCAACCACCAAGCGAACAAGGAGCACGUGCUCGCCGUGUCCCGGGACUUCAUCGCGCAACCCCGUCUCACUUAUAAGACAGUAUCUGGAGUAAAUGGUCCAUUAGUGAUAUUGGACGAAGUAAAAUUCCCAAAAUUCGCCGAAAUUGUACAACUGAAGCUCGCCGAUGGCUCCCUACGUUCCGGCCAAGUACUGGAGGUCUCUGGAUCCAAAGCGGUGGUCCAGGUUUUCGAAGGCACGUCUGGCAUCGACGCGAAGAACACUCACUGCGAAUUCACUGGUGACAUUUUGCGGACCCCGGUGUCCGAGGACAUGCUGGGCCGUGUCUUUAACGGCUCAGGAAAACCGAUUGACAAAGGACCGCCAAUCCUCGCAGAAGAUUAUCUGGACAUUCAGGGACAACCUAUUAACCCAUGGUCUCGUAUCUAUCCAGAAGAAAUGAUCCAAACUGGAAUAUCAGCCAUUGAUGUUAUGAACUCCAUUGCUCGUGGCCAGAAAAUUCCCAUCUUCUCUGCUGCUGGUCUGCCGCAUAACGAGAUUGCCGCACAAAUCUGUCGUCAAGCAGGUCUCGUGAAAGUGCCCGGUAAAUCGGUUCUCGAUUCUCACGAGGACAACUUCGCCAUCGUGUUUGCGGCUAUGGGUGUCAACAUGGAGACUGCUCGUUUCUUCAAACAAGAUUUCGAGGAGAAUGGCUCUAUGGAAAACGUGUGCCUAUUUUUGAAUCUAGCAAACGAUCCGACGAUCGAGAGAAUCAUCACGCCUCGUCUCGCCCUAACAGCGGCCGAAUUUCUGGCAUAUCAAUGCGAAAAACACGUGUUGGUCAUUCUCACAGAUAUGUCCUCGUAUGCUGAGGCGUUGCGUGAGGUCUCGGCCGCCCGUGAGGAGGUACCGGGUAGACGCGGUUUCCCUGGCUACAUGUACACCGAUCUCGCCACGAUUUACGAGCGUGCCGGCCGUGUGGAGGGACGCAACGGCUCCAUCACGCAGAUCCCAAUUCUCACUAUGCCGAACGACGAUAUCACUCACCCAAUUCCCGAUCUUACUGGAUAUAUCACCGAGGGUCAGAUCUACGUCGAUCGUCAGCUGUACAAUAGGCAAAUCUAUCCACCUGUGAAUGUACUACCGUCUCUGUCACGUCUCAUGAAAUCUGCCAUUGGCGAGGGUAUGACGCGAAAGGAUCACUCCGAUGUGUCCAAUCAAUUGUACGCGUGUUACGCUAUUGGAAAGGACGUCCAGGCGAUGAAAGCUGUUGUGGGAGAAGAGGCGUUGACACCAGACGACCUGUUAUACUUGGAAUUCCUGUCAAAGUUUGAGAAAAACUUUAUCUCGCAAGGCAGCUACGAAAACCGCACGGUCUUCGAGUCACUGGACAUCGGUUGGCAACUUCUGCGAAUCUUUCCCAAGGAGAUGCUUAAGCGAAUUCCAGCCAGCACGCUUGCAGAAUUUUAUCCAAGAGAUUCUCGUCAUUAAUCAUCAUUUUAUUUGUCCCUUAUGCGUAAGCUUUUAUUUUAAUGGAAUUGCGCGUACAAUUUGAUUUACUUUCUCUUUAACUAUAAUUGGAAUAAAACACGCCUGUUGUUAUAUAUUUACAGAAAAGAUCUUUGUAACGUGACAAGAGAAUGAUUAAAGAGAAUAGUUAAACGGCGUAUACGCGUUCGAAUUAUUAAGGUAAAUAAAAAUGAAAGAGUUAUACGCCUUUGUGUUGCAGACUAUUAAAAAAUAUUGACGUUACAUGCUUACAAGAUCGUAUAUUGGUUUUCGAUGUUGUGCAAUGAGAGUGUAAAAUGGAUAGCAACGAUAUUGAUAUGUAAACUAAAAUCUUAUAUACGAUUUAUUCUUGCAUGCAAAAUGUUGGGAGAUCUUGCAUGCAAAAGUUGCAAGUUGCAGAUCCAAAAUUACAUAUGUUCUCUACUAUGGAAAUAUUUAAUAAUAAACUCUGGAUCUAUGUUUCAAUAUAUUUGAGGCAUGUGUUUUUCGUGCUUUAGAGCGACGGUGCUCAUUCACGCCAAGCAAUCAUUGUAAAGUGUAAUAUAUUAUUCAGUAUUAAUGUAGACAAAAAAUAGGAAUUCACGAUCACGUUGUAUUUGUGCGUUCCCAACAUUCCAUUACGAAAUUCACAUAUGAGAUUCUUUGUGCGUUUGAGCCAAUCCGAAGAAGAAAUGUUCAACACGAUAUGUACAGUUACCUCUAGAGAAUGUUCCGAGCGAAAUAUAUCAUCGUGUAUCGUCUUGUGAAAGACAAAUUGUAUAUGAUAGAAAGAAUAGAGAAUUAAAAGAGAAUUGUUGUCUUUGAA